AUGUUCUGCGGCUUUAAAAGAUACAGCUUAAUAUUAGGACACUGAAUGAAAGAUCUUCCUUCCAUGUGAGAGGCAGGGUUACUUACUAUGUUAUUAUUUGAAAGGGAAAACUGAAUAUUUAUUUCUAGAAUGGAUUUAAGGAAUGGAAUGCACUAGAACUGCAAUCCUUGCACUUUUCUAAUAUCAAAUUGUGUGCUGGCACAUUUGUUCAACAAACGGUCUCCACUGGAACCAGGCCUUUCAUCAAACCAGGAGCAGCAGAAGAUGAGAAGAAAAAUUGCAGUUAUUGGUGCUGGUGUGGUAGGCCUUUCUACUGCUGUAUGCAUUGCAGAAUCACUCCCAGAUUGUUCAGUAACUGUUAUUUCUGAGAAGUUCAGCCCAGAUACCACCAGUGAUGUAGCUGCAGGAAUCCUUAUACCUAAAAUGUUUCCAGAAACUCCACUACAGCUACAGAAGUCCUGGUUUAAAACAACCUUUGACUACCUGCUUGGCAUUUCAAAGUCACACAAUGCAUCUGAUGCUGGUGUUCACAUGUUGUUUGGGUGGCACUUAUUCAAAGAGAUCCCAUCUGAAGAAUAUCCAUUCUGGCAUGAUGUUGUGAUGGGGUUUCGCCCCAUGACUGAUGAAGAGCUGGCCCAGUUCCCAGGGUAUAAAUUUGGUCAAGCAUUUAUGACAAUGAAGUGUGAGUGUACAUUCUACUUACCAUGGAUGGUGAAAAGAUUAAAAAGUGCUGGAGGCCAGAUACAGAAAGAAAAAGUAACUGACUUCUGGGAUUUGCAUGGAAAAUAUGACCUUGUUGUCAACUGCACAGGAAUUGGAUCCAGAGAGCUAGCUGGUGAUAUGCAGCUGUACCCAAUGAGAGGUCUAGCAGUGCAAGUUCGUGCACCAUGGUUGAAGCAUUUUGUACGUGUUUCUGAUGGGCAGACCUACAUGUAUCCAGGACGUGAAACUGUAACACUUGGAGGGACAACUGAAAAAGAUAACUGGAGCCUGAAAGUAGAUCCCAUUACCAGCCAAGAAGUAUUUGAAAGAUGCUGUAAUCUGGAACCUUCUCUUAGGAAAUGUGAGGUGGUGCAUGAUUGGGUGGGGUUAAGGCCUACUAGGGCUAGUGUGAGAUUGGAAAAGGAAGUACUAAAGCGGGGUGAAGAUCAACUAACUGUUAUUCAUAAUUAUGGCCAUAGUGGGUGUGGCAUUUCUAUACACUGGGGAACUGCCUGGGAUGCUACUCAGUUAGUAAAGGAAUGUGUUAUAGUAAGCAGAAUGGCACUGAAGGCUAAAAUGUGAUUUAAAACAAGGCCCCUGCUGGAUAUGUUUAUAACAAACUUUAUUUGGUCGAACAACAAACGUUAACAGUUGAGCAGUAGAACAUGUACAGAUUUCAUAGUCAUUCUAUCAUUUAAUUUUCUCAUUACUUUAGCAAAAAAUUAUUUUACCAUUGGGCAAAAUCUUUUCUGUUGCAUAAUUCCAACAAUUUCCCUUUUCUAAUUUAAGUGUUCCAUAGACCAGCAUUUCAUUUACACUUUUCCACCUUAGUCCAUUAUAGUAACUGAUACACAUUCUGGACAUGCUUCUUACACUGCCCAUUGUUUCAUACAAAUAUGUCCUUCUCUAGUCAUUUAUAUGUACUUAUUCCAAAGUAACCACCUUGCAGAAUAUUUCACCCAUGAUAUUUUCUUUGCCAACCAACUUUCUGUCAUUUCUGUUUCAUCCUUGAAUAGGUUAAUAUCUCAUCUUGUUGGUUUCCCUCCUGACUUUGAUUUUUUGACUAUUAUUUUUUUAGCUACUAAAUAUUUUAAGAUAAACACUUGCUUUUUCCAUCAUAUUGAAUGGCGUUUCAUUACCAAAUCCUAACAUCAACAGUUUUUUUAUUACCUAAACUUCCUGCCCCAAAACAUUCAGUGAUAUCUAUUCCAAUUCCUCUUUAAAAUUUGCUAACAUUGAAAAAUACCAAAAAUAGGCUUCUGUCCAAGCAACAUCUCUUCAUCACAUCUCCAGCAGUUUGCUACCAUAUUUGGAAACUUCCUUCAGUCUUUCUGAGGUAUGAAAAUAUUUCUGAAGAUACAUACAUGCAAAUCUCCUUAAACAGUGUGACUUUGUUGCAUACGGGGACAUUAAGCAUAUUUCAUCCACAUCUUUACAUUUAUUUCCCCUCCUACAAGAUCCUCCCACUCUUUUUACAUUUUUUCCAUAGACUAUACUCUUGUUUAACACUGAGUUCCCUUUCUGACUUACAAGUUUUAAUCAUUAACCUUUUUGUAAAAGGAUUACUCCCCAAUACUAUCAUUUUGUAGUUACAAUGUAUACAGAAAUGUUUUUGAUUAAAACAAAUCAUUUAACCCUAUACUCCAAACUGUAUUAAUUAUUCCUUCACAUUCUGUUUGUGGACAUUCCACUUGUGCUGCAUCUGUCCCAACGAGGUCCACAUCCCAUCAGAAAUCAGUUGCUUCCAGUACAAUACUUUAGUCUUCCUUUCUCUUCUGUGCUAUAAACCCCUUCCAUCAGGUAUUCUGAUCCUACUUUUACCUAUGGAGAAUAUAGUAGUUAACCCAUUUAUGAAUAUCUUCUGUGUUAAUGACAUUUUCUUAAUUCCAGACUCUUCAUUAUUGCAUAUGGUAACCCUAUUCUUAGUACUUAACUCCAAUAUUGCACAGCUUUAAAGCUCUCUGCAUUUCAUAUAAUUAUGCAAUAACGGAAUAAUUUUCCAUUUAACAUUAUGGUCUAAAAGGAGAUGCUGCAUCAAAGUAUAGACCUGUAGUGCAUACAUAUAAUUUCCCCCUUUCAUAUGGUAAUAUUAUUUAUUGUAAGCCACUGUAGAUUUACCUUUUCCAAUAUAUUAUCCCAUGUCAUGUUUAUAACUGGCUUUAGAAAAUUCACCAAAGCUCUGCUAGAAAUGCCUGAAACAUUUAACACUAGAGUUAAAACACACACACACACACACACACAAAACAUAAAAGUAAUGAGCUGGUCCAUCUCCAGGCCAGUAGCCUUCUGCUAUCAAAAAAUCAUCUUUCAGCCUAUUUUUCAAUUUGUUAUCCAUUUAGUUAAUUGACCCCUCUAAUGGAUUCUUUAACAAUUAUCUCCUAAUAUCUACUACAUUCAUCCUUCAAUAAAAAAUCAUGUUAAUAUUGUAAACUCUCCUUUGGGACAUAACAACCUUCUGGUUUUAUUUACUUUAUAAUUAGACUGUUUACCAAACCUGUCUCUUGAAGAGUCAAGUAAAUCAAUGCAUUACCCACAUAUUAAUAUUUUGAAAUCUUCACAUAGCAGUUUGUAACCUUUCAAAUCUGAUGACAUCAAUAAAUUCAGCCAGAGACUCCAAAUAUAAUGCAAAUAAUAAUAGUGUCAAAAAUAAUCCUUUUCUUUUAUCUCUGUAUAAACGUACAGAGAUGCCUACUAUUUUAACCUGUGCUGUCAAUUAAUCAUAGGCCAAAUGCAACAUUGCCAUUGAUUCUUCCAUAAAUGCAAAUGCCAGUAAAACUUGCACUGCAAAGUAUUAGUUGACCCAGUCAAGCCUCCUUGGCAUCAAGGCUCGCUGCCAUCUUCUUUUCUUGCUGCAUCAUUCUUGAUAGCAAAGGCAUCUUCAGUCCAUUAUCAAAAGUCUGUCUACUGGCAGAAACCUGCAUUGUUUACUCUAUAACUACCCCUCCAUUUUGCUAGUAUGGUCGUGAAAAGCUUAUAAUCAGGAUUUAACUCCAAUACUUGCUAAUAUGAUAAAGGAAGAUUUGUGUCUUUCCCUUCUUUAGGUAUCACUAUAACUGCAGCUUUUUUUCUUUUCCGGUACAACAUUGAGUAUUAGUAUCAGCUUAGAUUUAAUCUCUUCAAAAUGUAGACCCUUGAGCUCAGUUGGCCCAUCAUCACUAACCAGAGUCCCACUCCCCAGUCAGGUUUUAUUCAAACCAUUUGGAUUCUAUGUCAUCAACAUCAUCCCUCGUUCAUCAAAAAUUUCAUCCUUUCUACUGCAUAACAUUUACAGCAUUUAGUCAUAAUUACAUCUUAUAGAAUUUCUCCAUCACCCUUACAGUUCAUUGUUUUCAGAAAGUCUUCCAAUCCAGACAUAAAUUAAUAGCAAUAUGCAAACUAAGCUAUGUACAACAUGUAAAGAAACAUAACAUUUAACUUACAUAUUCAGGUUCACAGACAAACCUUUGCCUUUACAGUUCUCCACAAACACCACCAGGUGAUAGGCGUUGCUUUAAGUUCCAUGUUCCCAGUCCUGGCUGUUCAUUCCCAUCUGUAACAUCUUCAAGCAUUAGAGCCCUUUAUAUUUAUGUUUUGUCAUUGUAUUAUAACUGCCAGAUACAAUCAUUUAACUUUAUAAUCAUAUUUUUACAAGUUUCACCUCCAACUGUCCGGCCCCAUAGAUGGUGAGCAAGCUGUCUUACCCAUCAAACAUGUUUCCCAGUGAGGAAAUUUCUAAACAGUCAUUUAUCUCUUAGGUGUUCAGAGGCUCCCCCACCACUUUACCAAAAACAGAUUAACUUCAACAUUCAAGUUCAAACUAAACAUUACAGCAGCAGGUUUGUUGUUCUCAUCAACAGGAUGACAUAAAAACAGUGCUCUGUUUAGUUACAUCAGUCCAGUUUCAGGUUCUUCAGCCACCAUUUUUAUGCCAACUGAUCAUCAUUUUAUGCUUUUCAUCAUAUGAGAUGUAAAGAUUCUUCAGUCUUCUCUUGAGCCAAUUUCUUGGAUUGUUUCAGCUUAUUUACUGUUGCAACCCAAAUUAUUUCGACUGUCUCAGUCCCCUCUUGACUUCCUCCACCCUGUUCAUUCUAUAAAGCAGUUCUUUCUCCUUGAACCUCAUAUUCUCACAUGCCUUGCACUUCUUCCAGUGCCUCUGAAAAUGCCUUUUAUUCACUUGCAAAAAAAAAAUUCAAAACAAAGCCAUCAAGUACAACAAAACUUAAGCUUUCUAAUCCUGUAUUCUCUACUGGCCGAUACAAAUUGUGCCCUCUAUGUCUUUAUACAAAAUAAUUAGUCAAGGUUGAAAAAUACUUUAUUAUCUCUUACUUUGAGUCCCUCCUUGUCUUUUAACUGUGACAACACUUGUUUUUUAAGUUUUUAGAUUUCAAAUCUAACAGAAAUAUGUCUGGACUGCAUUGUGCUUUCAGCCUGGUGAAUGCAAAUGGUCAGUAAGCCUGCUCCACUUUAAUUGUUAUCACAUCUAACCCUGUCAUGCUCACUAAUUCAUCCUGUACAUAACAUGGCUUUCCACACAUUAUGAUACUGCUAUGAUUCAACUAUUCUUCCUGUGAGCUCUACCUUUCAUAUCCACUUGCUUUUCUUUCUGUAUUUCUGCUUUAUUCAACAGAAAAUCAUAUUUUUAAGUCCAGACUUUUUCUUAUGACUCCACAAUGACACCAGCUUGAAAAUUCACAGCGUCCACCAUUUCUAUCUCAAGCAUCUUCACCUACAAAAUAUAUUCGGCUAAUUAUGUACUGAUUCUCUUAAUCCUUUCAAAAUUCUCUAUUACAUCAGCCAAGAGAGCCUCAACCAUUCUCAACACAAGUAUAAUGUAAUUGCUUAGAGAGUCAAGCCCUUGUUUAUCACUUGCCACCAUAGAUUUUGUAACAGAUUUCUUUCCUUCUUGUUUUUUUUUUUUCAGAUCAAUCCACGGAAAUUCAUCCUUCACUCUUUCACCAACCCACACAUUUCUUAAUGGCUUGAAUCUUGAUGCUUAUAAACCUUGGAGUUAAAUUAACCAAUACAGUGACUGAGAAGCAUAUCUUCUCUAUGGAAAACCAUCACUAGACAUCCAGCUUGAUUUCAAGCUUAAUGUUUUUCAACUGACCCUGUAUAAGUAGUGUAAAAUGUUUAAGUAAAACUAGGAUUAAUAACAAUUCUGAGGUCUUUCACUGUGGAGGGCUCGUAUUAAUAGGACAACUGGGCUGAAGCUCACUAAUGUCAGUCAUUUGGGUAUCCAUCCAGCUGUGUAACUGCCAUGUGUCUGAUUAUAUACAUCUGACCAAAAUGUGCACAUGUCAAAUGAGGCCAGUGAAGUCUGGGUUUGCCCUUCCUAUAAAAUGCAGCAAUCCUGAGUUUUAGGUGCCAGGGACAUGGAAACAAGCUUUUUGUUUUGUUGUUUGUUUUGUUUUUUUUUUUGUUUUGUUUUUUUGCAAUCUUGUUUAAUCAGAGCCACUAGUAAGUGAAACUGCUAUCUUGAGAAGAAUUUUCUGCAAUCUGUAUGCAUUCAUGAUAAUUUGUAUUGUUUGGGUUGGGAUUGCAUUGUGAUGCUUUAGAGUUGUCUAUGUGAGUUUUCAUUCUUGACGUUUCUGGUUGUUGGAUUCUGUUGCGAUUUUCAACUGCAGAUGCAGUUUGGCUUGUAGAUUUUGGCAGAAAAGUGAUUCAGAUGUGGUACAAGAACCUACAGUUAAGACUACCACAGCAUGCUCUGACGUCUUCAGUCUGUGGCUUGAUCUUUAUAAUAGAAAAAUAACUUUAUUAACAGCUGAACUGGGCAGUUCAGUGUACUUACUUGUUUUUUUUUUUUUGUAAUUUAGCAAGAAA